AUGGGCAACAGAAUCCCUCGGGGAGACUUCGAAUGGGUCUACACAGAUCAGCCCCACACCCAGCGGCGCAAGGAGAUUUUGGCUAAGUAUCCAGCCAUCAAAUCCCUAAUGGGCCCAGAUCCACACUUGAAAUGGAUUGUGUCCUGCAUGGUGCUGACCCAGUUCUGCGCUGGUUACCUGGUCAAAGACUUGUCUUGGCAGUGGCUCUUGUUCUGGGCCUAUGCCUUUGGGGGCUGUGUGAACCACUCCUUGACUCUGGCCAUCCACGACAUCUCUCAUAACGUGGCCUUUGGCAACAAAUUUAUUCAUUGGAACCGCUGGUUUGCAGUCUUCGCCAACCUCCCUAUUGGUGUGCCAUACUCCGCUUCCUUCAAGAAGUAUCAUGUUGAUCACCACCGCUACCUGGCUGGUGACAAACUCGAUGUGGACAUCCCCACAGACUUCGAGUGUUGGUUCUUCUGCACCCCAAUGAGGAAGCUCCUCUGGCUUUUCCUGCAACCAUUCUUUUAUGCCCUGCGACCAUUCAUUGUAAACCGCCUGGCUAUUACACAGAUGGAGGUCUUCAAUGUACUAAUCCAGCUUGCCGUCAACGUUACGGUCUAUACGUUGUGGGGGGUGAAGCCAAUUGUGUAUUUUAUUGUAGGCACUAUCCUCUGUACAGGACUUCACCCCAUUUCUGGCCACUUCAUUGCUGAGCACUAUCUGUUCCUGAAGGGCUAUGAGACCUAUUCCUACUAUGGGCCCCUCAACUGGAUAACCUUUAAUGUGGGCUACCACAUGGAGCACCAUGACUUCCCCAGUAUCUCGGGUCUCAAGCUGCCCAUGGUGCGGAAAAUUGCUCCCGAGUAUUAUGAUAAUCUCCCUCAGCACCAUUCCUGGGUCCAAGUUUUAUGGGACUUUGUCUUCGAUGACUCCAUGGGGCCUUCCUCCAGGGUGAAGAGGACCUACAAGAAGGCCUUGACAACCUUCUAA